GACUUGCCCAGGCGAGCGGGGCCCGGGCCUGCCUAGGGCGGACGAUCACGGCCUCCUGGACGAGGAGAAGUGGGGUGGCCAUCCCUGAUUGACAGCUUGUGCCUUUAUGUAGUGGCACAUAAGCAGAGUUCGGCGUCUGCUGGGCCAGUGGGGCCGUUCGCCUGGCUUCGGGCUCUGCUGUAUUGGCAGGGUCCGGUUUGAAAGGAUGGGCGAAGGCGCUCUGCGUCCGGCGAGGUGCCUUUCUUUCCUUGGCGGCCCCCCUGCUCUUCCUCUACCCGGGAGACAAUGGCUGAGGGGUGGAGAGAGGAAUAGGCCGUCUCCUUCUUCGUCCAGGGCUGAUGAGUUCGCGUUGCUACAUCAGUCAUUAAUAAUGGGAAGAGUCUGCUGCAAAUUUGGAGACACUGAGCUCAAGUGAACAAGUGCCUUACAUGUGAAAGGAGGCUGUUUGCCUCAGUCUCGUGUGCUAGAUUUUUUUCAGGAGGAAAAAACCUCGACAACUGAAAAUCUAGUCUGGCAAUAAGUGUUUUAGCUGUGUCGCCAUCUAAAUAUAAUAGGAAUGGAGGCUAUACAAAAAAGUUCCACUGCUGUAUUAAUUAUUGGAAGGUUGUAAUCUGGAUUUCUCAUGACUUUUCAGAGAACAGAUUCAUGUACCACAGGAAAAAUAACUUUAUCGUUAUGUUCACAGCGUCAGCAGGGGUUGGUCUUUCUCCUGUGCCAACUUUGAGCUCAUCUGAAGAAAAAACUGAAUUUGCCAUCAUGGAAGAACUUCAGCAUUUACAUUGUGUGAACUGUAUUAGUCGACGUUGUAUGAUCAGAUCAGAAGCUGGCGUUUCCUGUGACUUAAUUGGUUGCCCUAUGGUUUGUGGAGCAGUAUUUCAUUUAUGUAAAGCUGAAGAGCAUCGUCUUUUAUGUCCACUUGAAAGAGUGCCUUGUCUCAACAGUGGCUUUGGCUGUCCAUUUACUAUAACCCGAAACAAAAUUGCUGAACAUCUAGAAACUUGUCCUGCAAGUGUUGUAUGCUGCACUAUGGAAUGGAAUAGAUGGCCAGUCAGUUAUGCAGAUCGAAAAUCUUAUGAGAAUCUAAGUAAAGAUGUUGAUGAAAUUGAACAGUUAGAUAUGGCUCUUGCCCUUCAAGAUCAGCGAAUGCUUCUUGAAUCUCUCAAAGUUGCAACUAUGACAUCAAAAACUCCUGACCCAGUGUUAAAACCCAGAGAACAAUCUUCUGUUGCAACUGCCUCAGAUGCUACAGUUUCAAAUGGAUUAUUACCUGUAGAUGAAGAGUCAUUUGGUGCACUUUAUCAAGCCACUGUGGAAACAACCAAAAGCUUAGCUACAGCUCUAGAUAUUCUAAACACUGCUACCAGCAUGUUAAGUUCAAAACUCAGUAUCUUACCAUGUAAAACAAAUGCAGAUUUUCAUGUAAAAGAACAAAUUUGUCAUGGCAGCAUGCAAGCCGUGGUAGAGCAUGACUCUCUAGAGGACAAUAGCAUGGGAGCAGUUGGUGGUAUUAAGUUGGAUGUUUUGAAUCAAAAUGGACAAUUAGAGCAAAAUGGGUCAAGUGACAUUUGUUAUGAUACUACAAAACACUACAAACUGAAUAUGAGCCUUGACAAUACCUCUCUAUGUAAUGGCUUUCAUCUAGAUGAUACAAGCCCAGAGAAACUGCAACUGAAGGAAGAACUAAAUAUAUGUAAUUCCAGCCAGUUUAAUGUAGCAAAUAGUAUUUACAGUGCAUCUCCCUGUGAUAAAGCACCAAGUGUUUGCAACUCAGUUCCUGUAGCAGCACAAGUUGAAGAUGAAAUACCUCUGUACGGUUUGUCUAAUGGCACCGUUAAUCCUAUAUAUAUGUCACAUGACUAUAAUGAAGAGCUAUUAGAGAGAGAAAUAGAGCAAGAAAAACUCAGAAAUAUUGAUGUCUUUUCUUUAAUUCCUCACCAUACCUACAAAUACCUAGCAAAUUACUGCUUAUCUGCAUCAAAGGAAGACAAAGCAGUAGAUACAUCAGACUUGGAAAUAACAGAGGAUCCCAUGGGGCUUCAGGGAAUAGACUUAAUCACAGCGGCAUUAUUGUUUUGUCUUGGAGACUCUCCUGGUGGUAGGGGAAUAUCAGAUAGUCGUAUUAUUGAUGGAUACCAUGUUGAUUUUGGGACUCAGACCUUUUCUCUCCCUUCUGCAAUUCUGGCCACAAAUACAAUGGUAGGGGAAAUUGCUUCAGCAUCUGCGUGCGAUCACGCAAAUCCACAGCUCUCAAAUCCAAGCCCUUUUCAGACUCUUGGGCUAGACUUGGUACUAGAAUGUGUUGCUAGAUACCAAACAAAGCGUUCAAUGUUUACAUUUGUUUGUGGACAGUUGUUUAGACGAAAUGAAUUUUCCUCACAUUUUAAGAAUGUACAUGGUGAUAUUCAUGCUGGCCUAAAUGGCUGGAUGGAGCAGCGAUGUCCUUUGGCUUAUUAUGGAUGUACAUAUUCUCAACGCCGAUUCUGUCCUUCAACACAAGGAGCAAAGAUUAUUCAUGAUCGGCAUCUUCGGUCCUUUGGGGUUCAGCCUUCUAUAUCUACUGUGUUGUCAGAACCUGAUAAGAGAUGCUGCUUAGGGCUGCAUAGUGACAAUCUGAGUAAUCUUCCUUUUGAGGUUCUACAACACAUUGCAGGUUUUCUAGAUGGCUUUAGUCUAUGUCAGCUUUCACAAGUGUCACGGCUAAUGAGAGAUGUAUGCGGAAGCUUACUUCAGGCACGUGGAAUGGUCAUCCUGUUGUGGGAAAAGAGGAUAUAUCCUGAUGGAAGUUUUUCGUGGCAAAUAAAGGAAAAGGUAUGGCGAUUCAGCACAGCUUUUUGUACUGUAAAUGAAUGGAAAUUUGCUGACAUUGUAAGCAUGGCUGAUCAUUUGAAGAAAUGCAGUUACAAUGCUAUAGAGAAACGCGAGGAAGCUGUGCCACUGCCGUGUAUGUGUGUCACAAGAGAACUAACAAAAGAAGGACGGUCGUUGCGUUCAGUCUUGAAGCCUGUACUUUAAAGAUGAAGAAUAAUUCUAAUUGCACACUCAAGCACCUGAAGUAACCUCUGUAUGAUAAUUUGUGACACUUUAUUAAUUUACUAAAUAUGAUUUCUGGAUAAAUUUGUCAUUAUGUACAUAAUGUUUUGAAGUGGCAUUUAUUUUUUUAUAAUACGGUCUGGUUAGAAUGAACGAAAAUUGCCUUAAAAAUGGAACUUGCUGGUCAGGGGAGUUCUGUAUGACUUUUUAUCAUUUGUAGUUUCUUCUUUUGGGGUUUCCCUGACUAACUGCAUCCAUUUCUUUUUAUCAAGUUCAAGAUACAUAUUCAGGCAAGAAGUCUUCUUUGUAUAAUUUUGUCUCUUUGCAAAUUUGGAUGUAACAUUGAACGCUUGUCAAAAUUUAACAGCAUAUGUUUUGAUCAGUCUUCUCAUUCUAUGGAUUGCUGUGUUCAUAUAAGCUGAUUCAGUGCUAUUUAAUGUAACUUCUAGUUAAGAUUAGAAAGUGUGAUUUUAGUAUUAAUGCAAAUGAAUAGGCGCAUAAUCCACAAGUAUUUGAAGUUAGGAUCAAAACUUCUAAUUUAAUGCAGCAAAAUCCCAUCAAGUGAAGCCUGAGAUAGAGCAGUUUUCUUCUAAUAGUACCCUCUCUUAAUAUUCAACACAAAUUGCUACUAUCAGCAGUUUAGUGGAACAAAAUUCGAUUUUAUUUCAGACUUUAAGGUAUGCCUAGGGUAGAAUUUUGGAUUAAUACAUUUUCUUCCCUUUUUCAUUGUUUGGUAUUAAUAAAAGGUAAUCUUGAAAAAAAUCAUAUUGUUUGCUGUAAUUAGCUAUACAGGAUUCGUAAUGUUUAGAUUAAUAAUUUAACAAAGGGCUUAAGUUUUAUGGUGUUAAGAUGCAUUCUAUUAUGUUAACAAGUCUGUGAUGUACUGUGUGGUUUCAAGGCCAUUUUACAGAGUUUAGGACUCAUUCUGAGCACACUUUAAAUUCCAUUGGAAUUUCUGUCCUAGCAAAUGUGUUUAGGGUAGCGAUAUUGAUAUGCCAUCUUUGUAAGAUGAGAACUAAUUCAUUGCAUAAAGUGUAUCAUAAAUGUUUCUUUCAUAACUCCAUAUUUUCCAUAGUCUUCCAUAAUGAGGAAAUUUUGUUGAAUGUUUUCUCUAUUUACAAAAUGCCUUUACUUUAGUCUAAUUCAGAAGCUUUAAUACUUGAUACAGCUAGUUUAUUGAGCUUGGUGCCACAAAUUUAAGAAACCAAGUUUAUUUAAAAAUAAUACAAUGUUUCCAUUUUAAGGAAGAAAGUAUUGGGAAGAUAGCUAUAUAUUUGUAAUAUGUUAAUUAAAUCAUUUAAAUAUACUUGAUCAAGACUAUGUUGGCAUAUAAAUUUAAUCUGGAAAAUAAUUGUCUUUAUCAUUAAGCGGUUCUAUUAAGAAAAAAGCUAAGCCUCAUUCUCUAGUGCCAUAUAGCUAGAUCAUUAAGGAAUAUGUUUUAUAUAGCCGUUUUCUAUAAAGCCUGGAACUUGGGAUCAGUUAACUAUUCUCACAAAGCUGCCUUUCCCUUUGAGGAGGAUAGGAGAAGACGUUUCCUGCAAUUCAGUGGAAUCUUCAGCUACAAAAACACUAAUUAUACUAGUUUAAAAAAGAAUGAAGGGGACAGCAUUAUCAUAUUAGUUUUGAUCAUAUAUUGGAUUUCUCAUAGAGGUUAUACCUACAGCCAGGAAACUUGACCCUAACACGUACAGAGAUUUCUUUUGCAAUCUCUGGGUGUGUAUGCCUGUCUUCAGAAAAAGAAUUAUCAGCCUGAAACAACCAAGAAUAUUCAUUCCACAGGUUUUACAAGCUGUUUAUGCAUAUAUUGUUACCCAUCAAACAUUUUACCAAUACAUAAUCCAUUCUAUUUUUUCCUCAAGAACAGAUGGGCAAAAUAUACCUCAGCCCUUAAGUGAGGAGUAUGCUGUAAUUGUAAAGGCUUCAUACAGUACUAGAGAAACCUCUGGCUCCUAACGAAGUGUGGAUUAACCUGUAACGAAUGCUUGGUUUAUUUUUUCACAUUAAGCAUUUUGAACAGUUCAUUCUCAAUACUACUUGCAUUUCUGCCUUCAAGUUCCAAUACUGUUUCUUGUUUUAAUCCUGAAUUAUUAAAACAUUAUUGCUGUGAAGAAUAUUUUAAUAUAUUCUUGCAAAGAGGAAUACAUUUAUAAGAUAUCAGUAUUUUAUACUGCUGUGCAGUUUUCCAAAGUAGUAGUUAGUUUGUCAGUACUUGAAUUCCUCUACGAUAGUAUACUUUCCAUAUUAAACUGAAACUGAAACCUCCUCUAGUUUGUUCCAUUUGAAUUGCCUUUACAGUACUUCACAUACACAGCUGUUUUGUUUUUGUUUUUUCUCUCUCUUACUGGCACUCCAUUACCUUGUUUUAAUGUUCACUUAAUGCUGUUUUUUGCAAUGUUUAGCAUAACUGUAAUAAAACCACUUGACAUUUC